UAUACAAAUCUAAACAGUCUCGACCAGUCCUGCGUCACGAUCUUUCUUCCGAAUGAAAACAAUGCGCCUUCGCUUAAAUCUCCCGUAAUUCUUUGUUGCGUUCGUUGUCAGCCAGUCAAUCGGCCACGCCGUCAGUUGAUUCGGGGAAAGCGAAAGCGAGAUGGAGAGAGAUUCGUCGUCAGACGAAGAGGAAGACCGCCAGAACCUGAUCCCGCAAAACGACGACGUCAAGCACCACCUCCCCUCCCCCCGUCGCUCCGCCUUCCACAUCGACGAUCUCCACUCCACAGUACGCCGCCGUUUUGCCCUCCUCCACUUCAACAAGAGGUAUCUCCUCGCUGUCCUCCUCCCCCUCCUCAUCCUCGUCCUCUACUUCUCCACCGACAUCCACAGCCUCUUCCCCUCCCACCUCCGAUUCGACCGCAUGCGCGAGUCCGAACUGCGCGCUCUCUAUUUGCUGCGACAACAGCAAUUGGGGCUUUUCACGUUGUGGAACACCUCCCAAUUGCGCACCGACAACAAUUCCUUCGCUCCGUCGACCGCAUUGCUCGACGAUGUUAAAUCCGCCGUGCUCAAGCAAAUUUCCUUGAACAAACAGAUUCAGCAGGUUCUCUUGUCGCCCCACCGGCCCGCCAACGGUUCCGUGUCCGAGUCCGAAGCCGAUUUUCAGGAUCCGAGUUUCGGCGCUGGAUAUGGUUUCAAUAGGUGUAGAAAGGUGGAUCAGAAGCUGAACGAGCGAAGAACCAUUGAAUGGAAGCCCAAAUCGAAUAAGUACUUAUUCGCAAUCUGCGUGUCGGGGCAGAUGUCCAACCAUUUGAUUUGCUUGGAGAAGCACAUGUUCUUUGCGGCUCUGCUCAACCGGGUUUUGGUCAUUCCGAGCUCCAAAGUGGAUUACCAGUACAGCAAAGUGUUGGAUAUUGAACACGUUAACAAAUGCUUGGGAAGAAAGGUGGUUGUUUCGUUUGAGGAGUUCUCUGAGGCUAGGAAGAAUCACAUGCACAUAGAUAGAGUUAUAUGUUAUUUUUCUCAGCCUCAGCCUUGCUACGCGGAUGAUGACCAUAUUAAGAAGCUGAAAUCGUUGGGGAUUUCGAUGGGAAAGCCUGAGCCAGCUUGGGUUGAGGAUAUUAAGAAGCCGACCAAGAGGACCGUUCAAGAUGUUCAGUCUAAGUUCGGUUCAGACGACGAUGUGAUUGCAAUUGGAGAUGUUUUCUACGCGGAUGUGGAGCAAGAUUGGGUGAUGCAGCCUGGUGGUCCUAUAGCCCAUAAAUGCAAGACAUUGAUCGAACCCAGUCGUCUUAUUAUGCUUACGGCCCAGCGUUUUAUUCAAACAUUCUUGGGAAAGAACUUCAUAUCACUUCACUUCCGGAGACACGGGUUUUUGAAGUUCUGCAAUGUUAAAACGCCAAGCUGCUUUUUUCCCAUUCCUCAAGCUGCGGACUGCAUCAUUCGAAUAGUUGAAAAAGCCAACACACCAGUUAUAUAUCUUUCAACUGAUGCAGCAGAAAGUGAAACUAGUUUGCUGCAGUCGCUAGUCGUGCUGAAUGGGAAGGCCGUACCACUUGUUAAAAGGCCUCCUCGUAAUUCAGCUGAAAAAUGGGAUGCUUUGUUAUACAGACAUGGCCUCGAGGAUGAUUCUCAGGUGGAAGCUAUGCUGGAUAAGACAAUAUGUGCCAUGUCUAGUGUGUUCAUUGGAGCCCCUGGAUCCACUUUCACAGAGGACAUCUUGCGACUUCGGAAAGACUGGCGUUCGGCAUCUAUGUGUGAUCAGUACCUCUGCCAAGGUGAAGAGCCAAACUUUAUAGCGGAUAAUGAAUGAAGAAGAUACAGAAAUUGAAUUGAUAUUGUGUGAAUUAAGAGGCCAUUUCUUUAUGCUCCUCUGUUCGAUGGUUUGCCCAGAAAUUCGUUGACAGCUAGUGUAUGAUAAUAGCAUUUUUGUUCUAUUUGAUGUUUUAACCUCCCCCGAGUAUGAUUUUUGUGCUGCACAUGGUGCUUGUUAAUCUGGCUUCGUACCUCCAUGUCACACCGAAAUCAAUAUUUGGGUUGUAAACUACUUAUUAUUGGUGUAAGUAAUAGAUUUUUUUUGGGUCUUUUA